AUGCUUGUCGAUUCUGGAAUGCUGGCAAGGUUAAUGGCGGAUGUAUUAAAUCUACGCCCUGUCGAUCCACCAGACGAUGACUCGAGUCAAACGCCCCUAAAUCAAUCUAUUCUCGAGAUAUUAAAUGGGUACCAAGCUAAAAAAGAGACUUUCGAUAGUGCUCUUAUGUCAGAGUAUGUUUACGAUCAGUUGGUGUCCAAAUUUAUUGAUGUGGGCGAGGGUGAAGACAACUUCAACACUGACUUAGUCGAAAGCUGGGGCAAACUUUUUGAACUAGACAUGGAAGAGAUAGCAUUUGAGUUUGCACUUUUUGCGCAGAUCCUUUUAAAUCUCUCAUAUAUUUCGUUAAUCAACAAGCAGAAGUUGGGACGUAUACCGAGCCUGAAAUGUUUUUUAUGGCGAAUACUAGAUCAGCAUCGAUCUUUAUUCAAAUCAUCCAUUGCUCUUGUUAGUGAAUUGUAUGUCCAGAUUCUGGCAACUGACUGCCAUCCUUUGGAUCUCAUAGGUCUUUACACCAGCGCGAAAGAGAAAUCAGUGAGCGCGCUUGAGAUACUGAACUUGUUGGCAAACUCACUUUCUGAUCCGUAUUCGCAGAGUUUCUUAUAUUUCGAAAAUGUUUACAAGUCGUUUAAGCUCAAUUCUGUAAACUUCAAAAUUGCGGUGCAAUUAUGGACCAUUUUCAACAAUGUAACCUCCAAUCGAAUAUUAAGUCUAAACAAUAAUCUUUUUAUUGAGAUACGGCAGUCAACCUUAUGUGUUUCCGAUGAUGAGUUCAUUUUGGCCAUCUUUGAAAAUUUUGAAUUCUCCACUGAUAUUCUUUACAACAUAACACUGAAUGUUGAAGAUACUACAAUUUCUUUAUAUGUCGAUGGAAAUUUGGUCGAGUCGCUUUCUCUCCCACAAAAACCACUCACACGGAUAAAUGUUUUGGAGCUGGGUUCCAUGAUUUGUUCCUUCAAAGUUCUAAAAUUUUGGGUAUGGUCUGAACCACUUUAUGAGGCUAGUGUAAAAUUAACGAAUCGUCUGCCGUUACAGCAUAUCGAUAUUUCUGAUGAUGUGAAUUUGCACAGGAACCUAAUAAAUCUGCCAGAUCCAAGUUUGUUGCGUGAGAUUCUAAAAUCCACCGAAACUCCAGGCAUGACAUUAGGUAUUUGUAUGCACCACGUUACUCAGCUGAAUACGAAAAACCUAUUGGCUUCCUUGAUUCCACAAGAAAUGAUCGAUAAUGUUAGGGAUACGAGAGACGAUACGUUCGCAGUAGAUUUGAAUAGAGAGAGUCAAGGCCACGCUGGAAAAAUGUUGUUUUAUAGAAACUCACACCUGCUCUCCUGUUUUGAAGCAGUCAAUUACGCUGAUAUUAUUAUCAACCUGCUACAAGGUUCCAGUGAUUUAUCAAAAUUGUACGAUUAUAUGGUGCAUUUUGUGACAUUGUUGAGUUGCCCAGAACUUCGAAUUUACUUCGAAGAUAACAUCGGGUACAAAUUUCUUGGUUUAUUUUUGAGCACAAAACUACUUCCACAAUUAGGCACCAAUCUGUCGCUUCCGUUCAUGAACUUAUUUCUCGAGUAUUGCGGUUGGUCCUCAGCGAGUCCAACCGAAUCCAUCGUCAGAAACGUAACAGCAUAUGGAUGUUUGGUUGCCAAUUUCGACUUAUGGGUUCCCAAUAAACUGUCCACGAGUUUCGAGCCCGCGGUUGAAAUAACAAGAUUUCUCUUUUAUCAGCUGCAGGAAUUGCUGCAAACUUCGAGCUACCGCGACUUCAACUUUCAACAACUAAGCAAGCUUAAGGUUGUCGAAAAACUAACAAUGCAGCUGCACUUAGCUUAUUCCAAAAAGCUGCCCGAAAAUUAUGUUGAGCGUGUUCGGAAUGAAUUUAUUGAGGUCUUAACGAUCUUGAUUAAGCUAAUCUCCAAAGAAGAACUAUCGGCUUUAUUUACAUUUGCCUAUAAUGAGGUUAAAAAAGGGCUGGAACGUAGUGCAGCUGUAGUGCUGUUUUCUUUGAAUAGUGCUUUCGUUGAAUUGCUCAAAGCGGAAGACGACGAUAAUCUACGUUGUUACGUCGAGCGUGUCCCUGUAAAGAUAUUGCUCAUGAUUUUAGACGCUGGCCACUCGAUAGACGUUAUGGCGCCAACCAUAAGCAUUUUGGUCAAGUUUUUGAGCUGCAGCCCCCCAUCACGUUCAAGAUUCAUCAAAAACAAUGGAUUUCGCAUUCUUUUCAACACAAUCAAAGAAAGCGGCAUUGAAAUCUACGAGGAACUAAUAUUUGUCAUUUUAGCCCCCAAGUUGGUGGACAUUCAUGCAAGAGAUGCCGCGGGCUUGUCAUAUUCUCCUGAGGAUGGCAUAAUGUCAAUGGAGAGCAUUGAAAUACCUGAAUAUCACAAUCUUGUCAUCGACUUGCUAGAAUGGGCAGUAUUACAUGAUGUAAAUGGCUCACUUCGUUCCAAGACUGGGGAACUCCUUUAUCAAUACCUCUCGGAAAUGACAAAGUUACAAGAAAACUCACCAGCUUCUAUCCUCUUCGAUACUGAACAAUGCUCCUUCCUAGAGAAGGCCAUGAAGCUACUAAUGACUUUGCACAAAUAUCAAGACUCAGAGGCUUAUGUUAUCGCCUCACAGCAAUUGACUGCAAUUAUCUCCAACACUUUACUUCACUCCCUCACAUUUUCGAGUACCAAAGACUUUGCACGAUGUUUGCAUCUUCUGACUAGAGGCAAGGGAAAUAAAGUCAAUAAACAUUACCUGGAAAAAUACUUUUGGUUGUUCCCAUUUAUGGAUGUUCUUUCUCGAUUAGAGAGCUUCAUCCCAUCUUAUGAAGUACUACUGAAAUAUGGUGACUACAUCUUUACUAAUUUUAUCCAUCUCCUCGAGACGUUCAGCAGCAAUUCAGAUUUUUAUGAACUGAGUGCGGAACAUUACCUUAAAACUCACAAAAUUGCAACUUCGUGCGCUGAAUGUCUGGAAUCGAUCUCGUUAGGGGAUCAAAAUUCAGUUAAUUCUCGUUCAUCCUUAGCGAGGGUGGAAUCUAAGACGAUUCUAGGUUUCUUCAAAGUCUUCAAAACUGAUGGAUUUUACGCGUCAUCUGCAGACCUUCAAAAGUUCGUCGACGUGACUUUGAUGCAACAAUCUGUACUUUUUGGUCCAAAUAGUGAUCACAGAAUUCUUGAAUUGGAGUCGGUAUCCUUUUUGAUUGCUGCUUUAUCUUGUACUCUGGACAUCCAUCAAUCAUCACAAUCACAAUCUGCAAUUCUCAAUUGCCUGCGAAUCAUUGUUUUGCAUCAUGAGGACCAGCUCGUGUACCUGGCUUGUCUUAUUGAUCGCGGUAGCAAGUCUGAUAUGUUUGACACUCUUACAUUUGCUUUGUCAGCAAGCGACGAAGACCUUCUGAAACACUUUACGCUCGAUAAAGCUAAGUCCAACUUUCACGAUUACAUUGCAAAGCAAUUUAAAAGUCAGUGUGGAAAAGAUUCAACAAGGGUGGCACAUACACACCAAAUCACAAUAUCCGAAAGGUGCUCUUGGUUGCUAGAGCAGAGAAAAUCUGCACUCGACGGACGAUAUCUGGAAGUGAAUGAUAUUCACAAAACUUUUUUGCGCGAUGGAAUGAAAAUGAGCGAAAGAAUUGCUGGUACUGAAGAUAGGAAACUCGUUUACCAUCUCAAUGACAAAGAGGAUGAAUUAAUAAUUUUUAAUCAACGCUACUUCGAAUUAAAUGUGAGGACACAGAAUCAUCUAAGAGUCCAAGGUCUAGAAAAAAUUGUUGUUGAGUGGACCCUAGACCCCAUGGAAGACGCUAACAGGAUGAGAAAGCGUCUCAUCCCGGAUUAUAACAGCAACAAAUUACUGAAUGCCUCAAUUGUCGAGACAACAGAACGCUCAAAUGUGCUAAUUACAGAUCACAUUGACUCACAUAAUCCUGAUCGUAGAGCCAGCAGCACAAUGUCAUUUGAAUUUGUCAAUGAGCUCGACUCACUGAGCAUCGAGCCCUCUGAAGCCCUGGAUAGAAAUAGAAAGGUUAUCAAAUUACUCGACCCAGGGGAUAGUAUACGACGUGUUUGGAACUGUAGUAAUGUUAUAGGCCUUAAUAUCAACGAGGGUGUUUUGAUACUAGGUACUAGAUUCGUCUACUUCAUGACUGGGUUUUUCUUUUCAUCUCGAGACUCCAAGGUGGUAGAACUUUGGGAUGCGCCUUCGAUGGACAGAGAUCCAGCGAUACGGUUGAUAUCGGGCUCUGAGUACAAGCGGAGGGAUAUGGACUUGAAGCACAAUGUACAAAAGUGGGAAAUCACUCAGAUCUGCUUUGUGAUAAAACGACCCUUUUUGUUGAGAGACUCAGCAAUCGAAAUUUCAUUUGAUAGCGGAAAAAGUUGCUUCUAUACAUUUCACAACAAGAAUUUGCGGGAUGAUGCAUACCGGCAACUAGAUAGAAGCGAAAAGUCUCAACAAAUCAACACAUUACUAUUAGAUGCACUAGGCGAAGCAGCAUCGAAAAGUGAAAAAAUCAACAUGAAAAACGGUCUUUCUGAAUACAAACUCUCUGAUAAGGUCGCUAAUGUUUUCUCUUACAAUAAUGACUCUGCUCUAUCGUUUAAAGCACUCAAACUUUGGCAAUCAGGUCAGCUUUCUAACUUUUAUUAUCUCAUUGUUGUGAACACUUUAGCUGGAAGAACAUUCAAUGAUAUUACUCAAUAUCCGGUUUUUCCUUGGGUGAUUGCAGACUAUCAUAGUACAGAACUUGAUCUCAAUAAUCCGAAGACAUUUCGAGACCUGUCGAAGCCUAUGGGAGCGCAAACUGAACAUAGGAAAAAACAUUUUAUCGAGAGGUUUGAUGCUUUGAAAGAACUCGAUGAAGGAGAGCCACCGUUCCAUUACGGCACCCAUUACUCCUCUGCAAUGAUUGUUUCCUCAUACAUGAUGCGUCUAGCGCCCUUUGUUGAUUCGUACCUUUUACUACAAGACGGUAAGUUCGGCCAUGCCGAUAGAUUGUUUAACUCCGUCGAGCGUACCUGGGAUUCAGCUGCGAGAGAGAAUACUACUGACGUGAGAGAAUUGAUACCUGAAUUUUAUUAUUUGCCAGAAUUUUUGAUGAACACCAAUUGCUAUGAUUUUGGAACUUUGCAAAAUGGGAAACGAGUUGACAAUGUAAAUCUGCCUCCCUGGGCUCAAAAUGACCCGAAAAUUUUUGUUGAGAAGAAUCGAGAAGCUUUAGAGUGCCCAUUCGUAUCCGAACGCCUACACGAGUGGAUUGAUCUUAUUUUCGGCUGCAAGCAAACCGGAGAUGCAGCUAUAGAGGCAGUUAACGUUUUCAAUAGGCUAAGCUAUCCAGGUGCAGUAAACCUUGACAAAAUUGGCGAUGUAAAUGAGAGGAUGGCAGUUACGGGAAUAAUUCAUAAUUUUGGACAGACCCCACUGCGCAUCUUUGAUCAACCACAUCCGAGAAGAUCGCAUCUUCCAUAUGGAUCUUCUCGGAGUGAAAUUUUGUUGAAACUCUCAAGUGCACCUUUUUUCUCAAACGCUGAAGAACAAGCAGACUUUUCGUUGUGCCUUUCCCGUCAACUUGCAGGCGCCGACUCUAUCCUUUACAGGGGUUCUUCUUUCUGGCGCAAGACACUCAAAAGAUCGGCUUCUGGCGCUACGGAUGUGAACGUGAGACGCAGAACCUCAAUUUACAUUGGUGAAGUAAGCUUUUCCCAUGCUCAUCAUUGUAAGAUUACAAGCAUAGAAGGCUUCAAGUCAAAUCAGUUUUUCACGGCUGAUGAAUGUGGCCUAGUCAAGCUUUGGAAUUACAGGGGUGCAGACAAUGUGCGGCCAUUAGUUGAAGCCACACAAUUGAAGGGACAUGUGUACUCAGUUCAAGAAAUGAACGCUUCAUGUGAGUACAACCUUCUGCUGACCUUAGAUAGUUCAGGCCAAUUAUUUUCUUGGGAUAUUCUUAGCUCGCAGGUUUUGCAGAGCUUUUCCACAAGCGCUACUCACUCGGCGUUGAGCAAGAGUACGGCUGCCGUUGCUUUUGUUGACACGGAGAACGAAGUCUCUGUAUGCAAUCUUAAUGGAUCAGUUUAUGUGAAGCAAAAGUUUGAUAGAACCAUUUCUUGUCUGAGUUUUGUAAACUUUGAGGAGGGCAGCAUUAGUGCCCACUCUUAUUGGACCGAUAAAGAGUUAUUAGCGAUAGGGCUCGAAAAUGGUGAUAUCAAAAUUCUGAGCCUCGUGCAGAGCACCACCACUUCUCCAUUGAAAAUGCUAGAAAUCAAAACAUUGGUUUCACGGUCUACUUCGCCUAUCAAGUCCAUUCAAAUCAUCUUCGAAUGCAGAGCGGACGAACCCACAAAUAUUUACUGUGAAGUUGUAGCCCGAAAUGAUGAAUGCACUCUCUUCGUUUGGAACUAA